AUGGCAAGGGUUCCUAGAAACUUCAAGCUGCUCGAGGAGCUUGAGAAGGGCGAGAAAGGCAUUGGCGAUGGAUCGUGCUCAUACGGUCUCGAAGACGCCGAAGACGUCCUCAUGACACAUUGGAACGGCACAAUAAUCGGUCCAGGACACACUGUGCACGAGAACAGGAUCUACAGUCUGAAGAUUGAAUGUGGAGAUCAAUAUCCGGAUGCUCCUCCAGUCGUCGAGUUCAUCUCCCGUGUCAACGUGCCGUUUGUCAACCAGACGAACGGCAGGGUUGAUCCGACGCGACUUGGUGUUCUGGCAAACUGGAAUAGAAAUUAUAGUCUGGAGACUCUUUUAGUGGAGAUUAGAAGAGAACUCGCCUCGGCUCAGAACAGGAAGCUUCCCCAACCGCCAGAGGGCUCUGUGUUCUAG